UUCCAUAUCAAUAUUAUCAUCUUUCGAGAUUUCAGUUUCUGCUCGAGUGUUGAUCAGCGAAAACGAAGUGUUCAAUAAGUUUUCAAUAAGCGCUGUUUAAAAGGCCUGCAAAAUAUAUAUAGUGUAUAUUAUAUAUAACACGAUACGCAUGAAUCAAAUAAUAUUGUAUAAAAUCGCUCCUGAUGUUGCGGUCAUUUUAGAGAAUUUCGGAGAAUAUUAUAUGUCACGUUACUUUGUGUCAUUUGAGAAAAGGAAAUUAUUUAUCAAUCUGUCACAUUUGUAAUUAGUCGCAGUUAAUAUACUUGAAUGAUUACGCGAAAUAAUUCUUGUGUAAUAAAUUUUGUAAGAGUUAUAUGUGAGCGUGUAGUGAGCUGUGGACAAAAAACAUUUGCAUUCAAAUGCAAAUUUUUGUAGAAAUAUAUUUCUACGCCUUUUAUCUGCUUAAUUUAUAUUACGCAAUUUAUUGACUUAUCUAGAAGCAACAAGCAGUUUCCAGGGCAGUGUUAGCUUAAUUCAAGUUUCUAGUACGAAAAGUGAAAUGACAACAAGAGAUAACACUUCCGCUGAACCACAAGCUGAGGGGAUUUUUUCAGCAAGCUCCGAAGUUUCCGAGAAUAAUUUGGAAGUCUGUAAGAUAUGUGAACGUACUUUCAAAAAUAAUAUUAUCAGCAGACAUGAAAGAGCCUGUAUGGAAAUAAUGAAUAUGAAGAGGAAAUUUGUUUCGAAUCAGAAGAAUCAAACUCGACCCUGUUGCCAAAAAAGCCAAGAAGGUAAAAACAAGAGGGAAGAGGAAGAUUAAACAAAUGUCAAAUAAAUUUACCAAUUAACUAACAGUUUCUCCAAUACAUGUUCCUAAAAAUUCUAAAAAAUUUGAUAAUAUGGAAAAUCAGAGCGAAUCAUCAAACUCAAAUUUCGGAGAAGAAAGAAAUCUUUCUGAAAAAUUUGAUAGUAUGGAAGAAUUGAGCAAAUCUUCAAACUCAAGUUUUGAAGAUAAAAGCACAUCUUCAGCAUCUAAUAUUAUGAAAAUGCAAUAUGGGUCAUCGAAUAUCGAAAAAUGGCUCAAUGAGGAAUCGUCUCUCUCUAUACUGAAGCACGAUAUUCCAGAGACAUCCAUGAAGCAGGUUUCAUUAAAUCAAAAUAUUCACACAAAUUGUUCUGAUUGUAGAACUCAAACAAUUUGUCUUAAUUGUGUCAGCCAAAUUUUCCAAGAUUUUCUUAUAAAAGCGCAGCUCCAUUCUUCGAAUAUCGAAAACUCCCCCGAGUCUGACGAGAUAUGGUCAUUUUCCUCUAUACAAAAGUAUGAUAUUUCGGAAAUAUCCGUUGAGCAGGCUUCAUUAAAUCGAGCAGUUUACUUCAGAGAAAUUUUACAAGAAUUUUUUAUGAACGCGCAGUAUCGACUCAGAUUUCCGAAUAUCGAAAACUUCUCCGAGUCCGAGGAGAAAUCGCCAUUUAUCUCUAUUUCAAAGCAUGAUGUUCCCGAAAUAUCCCUCGAGCUGCUUUCAUCAAAUCAAACAGAUUGUCUCAGAAAAUCUUUCGAGAUGGAUAUUGUAGAUGGCAAAAUCGAAAAUAUAUAUACGGAUAACGUGAAGAUCGAAGAUUUAUAUGUUGAAGAUGAUUCUUCCAGUUUAGAGACAGCAUCAGAUAAAGAAUUAAAAUCAGAUAAAGAAUUAGAAUCGGAUAAAGAAUUAGGAUCAGAUAAAGAAUCAGGAUCAAAUAAAGAAUUAGAAUCAGAUAAAGAAUUCGAAUUAGAAAAAUUAAGAUCAGCUAAAGAAUCAGGAUCAGAUAAAGAAUUAGAAUCAAUUAUAGAAUUAAAAUCGGCUAAAGAAUUAGAAUCAGAUAAAGAAUUAGGAUCGGAUAAAGAAUUAAUAUCUAUCGAGAGUCUAGAACUAGAUAAGGCAGAGAUACAAGAAACACUUGAAAUGCAAGAAAGAAAUUCGAAUUUUACAUCGAUCGCAGAGUGUUAUUGGAAAGAAAAUGAUUAUGAAUUUAAUAAAUUACAUCCACCAUCCAUUUGCUCAAAUUUGUCUCGGAAGAACUUAAAAAAUAGGCAAGAAUAUCCUCCAUUUUCACCUGUAUCAUUAGAUGAUGUAGAUGAAAUAGAUAGCGCAAGUAUAGAAAAUAUGGAAGCUACAGAUUAUACGGAUGUAGAAGAUAGCACAUCAGAAUCUAAAAUGUUUUUGGUUAAAUUACGACAGGUAGAAGCAGAUUUCAAAGCACAAACAAAAGAUGUGGAACUUUAUAGGAAUUAUUCAACCUUACCCAUUAUCUUGAAAACCGAUAAAAGGAACUUAUCGGAAUCGUCUAUUAUGGAACCUACGAAAUCUGCAGAAUUUUCCUGUAUGACCUCCAUUGAAUCAAGGAUUGCGACACUGCAUACACUAAAAGUUGAUUCUGGGUACGCUUCAAUGGAAAUUUCGGGAAAAGAAAAAUCUGCAGAUUUGGUGACAAAUAUUAAUGAUGCAACAUUAAAUCCAUCUACGUCUAUGUCAGAUAAUCUAUUCAAAAUUAUAAGCGAUAAGAAAUUUAUGGAUGGUACAAAAUCGAUAUCGGAAGUAGAGAAUAGACUAUCACGGGAUGAAAUCAACAAAUCUUUAAAAACGAAAUUGUCCUCUACGAAAUCUUCUAUGGAACCGUCUUUUACUAAAUCAUCUCCUAUGGAACCAUCAGAGGACGAUCAAGUGAAAAAUAUGAAAACUCAGGAAUCUAAAAAUUCGACAAAAAAUGUAUGCGUUAAUACACCAGAUUCACAUGAAUCUGAACCAGCAGACAAUCAAGCGGAAACUACGAAUAAUAAGAAAUUUGAGAACGCUAUGGAUCCUGCAUCACUGACCAACCAACCUUCGGAAACAAUCCCUGAUAUGGUAAAAGAUAUUCCUCCAAAACUUAGAACAACUGAUGAGACUCAAAAAACAGAUAAUCAAGUGGAAACUACGAGCAAUAUGGAAUUUGAGAACGCUAUGAAUCCUACGUCACUGACCAAUCAAUCUUCGGAAACAAUCCCUGAUAUGGUAAAAGAUAUUCCUCCAAAACUUAGAACAACUGAUGAGACUCAAAAAACAGAUAAUCAAGCGGAAAUUACGAGCAAUAUGGAAUUUGAGAACGCUAUGAAUCCUACGUCACUGACCAAUCAACCUUCGGAAACAAUCCCUGAUAUGGUAAAAGAUAUUCCUCCAAAACUUAGAACAACUGAUGAGACUCAAAAAACAGAUAAUCAAGCGGAAAUUACGAGCAAUAAAGAAAUUGAGAACGCUAUGGAUCCUGCGUCACUGACCAACCAAUCUUCGGAAACAAUCCCUGAUAUAGUAAAAGAUAUUCCUCCAAAACUUAAAACAACUGAUGAGACUCAAAAAACAGAUCAAGCGGAAAUUACGAGCAAUAAGGAAUCUGAGAACGCUAUGAAUCCUACGUCACUGACCAACCAAUUUUCGGAAACAAUCUCUGAUAUUGUAAAAGAUAUUCCUCCAAAACUUAGAACAAUUGGUGAGACUCAAAAAGCAGACAAUCAAGCGAAAAUUACGAGCAAUAAAAAAUUUGAGAACGCUAUGUCACUAACCAAUCAAUCUUCGAAAAUAACCUCUAAUAUUUUAAAAGAUAUUUUUUCGAAAUUUAAAACAACUGAUGAGACUCAAGAAACAGAUAAUCUAGCGGAAAUUAUGGGCGACGAAGAAUUUGAGAAUGCUAUGGAUUUUACGUCAUCGUUGACCAACGAACAUGACAAAGAACCGGAAGAAUAUCCAGACAAAAUAAAAAAAGAAAUGAAAUGUUCACCGAAAUGUUGUCUUAUUAUUUUGUUAAGUUUCAUAAUCUUAACAUUAUCCCUGUUUUUAUUUAUGUUGCAAUACUAUUCUAGACCUUCAGAUAUAAAUCAGAAUGAUGAGUACGUUGAUACUUUUGCGAUUGCUAUUGUCGAAUUGGAAGAAGGGAUAUUAGAUCACGAUGCAACUGUACGAGUCUUGACCGAAUAUCUUGAGCGAGAUACACCACUUUUAAAAGUAGUAGCUCUCAUCGGUGAUACAAGCGUCGACAAAACAUACACGGUGGACAUCAUAAAAAAGAGAUUACGCAAAAGGAGAAAUAAUAGUUCCUCACCUUCGCUUCCGAGUUUUGUUGUCUUGGAGAAUUUGCGAGCAGAGCAUUCUACAGUCAUUAUAGAUUAUGUGGAAACGUAUCAAGAAGCAUAUAGCAAUCAGGAGUUUACCAUAUUGGCCAUUUUUAAAGUUGAACAGAUUGAUGACGAUUUGAUGCGUACCGACAUUGAUCGUGUUAUAAACAAAGUUAAAGAUAUUUUUGUCGAAGCAAAUAUUAUUAUGAAAAUUAUUCCCUUCAAACCUUUGAGCGAAGACGCAUUAGAAAAAUACAUUAUAAACACUGCGGAAAAUAUCGGGCGAACGUUAUCCCAAGAUCAAAUCGAUUAUUAUAAACGACGUUUGAUAGAAGAUGAUACCGAUUGUCAAGCAUGUUGUUAUUAAACAAUAAUUUGCAUGAUCGUUGCAAACAGACUGCUCAAAUUAUUGUUUUGACAUAACAAUAUUAUAUAAGACUAUUAAGUUUGUACUAAAAGCAAAUCUGCAUAUAACUUAUGUCUCGAUUCGUUAUUGUAAACACGUGAUGAAAUUUUCGUAUGCAUUAUACUACUUUUGAAUUAUACUAAAAACAAGCGAUUGUUAACAUUGAUUGUUCUUAUAUAAUUGAAAAGUAGUUAGUGAUAGUUCCAUUUUGCAUUUUUAGCUAUAUAAUUAUAAAAUAGUUUGAUUCAUAAAAAUCGUGUUUUAUAUUAUGUACAUAAAUAACUUUAAAUUAAAAUGUUUGUUGAAUAUAUAUAUGUAUACUAAAAAAACUGCGAAUAUGUCCAAUCUUGAAACUAUACAGAAUGUAUUCACAAAUUUGAUAAAUAUUUUAUUAUCAUUUAUUUAUAAAUAGAUUAUAAGAAAGAGUAUAAGUUUGAAUAUUUUAUAAACGUAUAUUUAUUAUAACAUUUUGAUUUUAAGAUUUUAGGAAAUUAUUUUUGUAAAUACGCAUUAAAAUUGUUCAUUAACUUUUUAAAAUUAUAUUUAUUCAAAUAACUUAUAAUUCAUAAUUUACAUAAUAAUAAUUGCAUGUACAUAAGAAAGUUUAGAUAAUAAUUAGAUUAAAUACAUUUUAUAAACAUUGCGAUUAUAUAUUUACUGAAUGAAUAAAUUAUUGAAACAAAAUGUUAAUCGUGCGAUGAGAUAAAUGAUACAUUUUUUUUAACUAAAUAUUUUUUUAGAUAAAAACUUGCAUUUGAAAUAUAAAUAAUUGAUUAGAAUAACAUUGACGAGCUGUUUCUUGCACUUUAAUUUAUUAUUUUUCUUUGUAACACCAUUUAUGCCAUAGAAAGAUAGUGCUUAUCUAAAACUCCUCGCUGAUACUCGAGCAGAAACCAAGAUCAGAAUAAAUUGAUAAUAUCGAUUAAAUCUGAUUAGUUCGAAUACUGUAAUAAAGAAAAAUAUAAAGACAAACUAUUAGAGAAUUCAGCCUAAUAUGUUAUCAAUACGGUAUGGAAUCGAGUGAAAAAAAAUUAUCUCAGAUAUUUUUAUGAAUUUAUAUAAUAUUUGUUUAGUCUUUCUCUCUUUUUCUUGCAAAUGAAUAAUGUAAUAUAUUAAAAAAAAUGCCAAUUAUGAAAUAAAUGAAUAUAUAAUCACGCUAAAACAAACCAGAAUAAAGCAUUAGACAGUUUUCAUCUCAGCGAGAUAUAAAGAUGUAAUAUAAAAACAUACAAUUUCUAAUUAUAUUAAUCUUAAACAUUAUUCUAAAUCUUUUAAUACUUGUUUGGGUGAUAAUAAUUGCGUUUUAUAUUUCAUUUAUAUUUAAAUUG